AUGUUCGCGUAUAACACGACGCCACACACAGCGACCGGGUUUACACCCUUCGAAUUAGUAUACGGGCACCGAGCGACACUACCGACGGCACUGUCGCAACCACCGAAACCAACGUAUACUUAUGACAAUUACGCGCAAGAGCUAAAAGAAAAAUUAAGAGCGACACAACGAGUUGCAAAAGAACAUUUGCGAAACGAAAAAUCUAAGGCCAAGGAGACGACGCUGAUCGUCGUCCAGCACUUCGCGAAAAAAGCGAAACCUGAGACAGCACCAUCGUACGAGAUACGACAAUUCAGCAGCGAGCCGGGAAUAUACUUUGAGAGAACCGGACAAUUGCAACAGGUAGAAGCUACUUGGAAACUAGCGAUUAAAAUCGACGUAGCAGCCCUAGGAAACCGAUAUCACCAACUUCAGGAAUUUCUACAGCAAGCCGAAGAAACUAUAUAUAAAACAACUAAUAAGAAGCGAGGGCUAAUAGACGCGAUCGGCACGAUCAGCAAAACGCUGUUCGGCACUAUGGAUGCCGACGAUGCAAAACACAUACAGGAGCAGCUUGAACUGAUGCAAAAUCAGCAACAGACUCUACGGCACACCGCAAAAAGCCAAUUAAAGGUGAUAAAUGCCACGAUAGGCCACAUGGAGGCCUUAGAAAAAUCGUUAUACCACAACGAACAACUGAUGGCGAACGUCACGAGACGGAUACAGCUGGAAACAGCACUGUACGCCAAAAGAGAAGAAAUAGACGAACAGCUUUUAAUACUAACCACAAUCACAGAGGAUCUAAUGGAAGACGUGAAGGACACCAUAGACUACCUCACAUAUUCGCGGGAAGGAGUAAUACUCACCCGCCUAUUGCCAAUAGAAGAAAUAACAACCGAACUACAAGAAGCAACGUCACAAUUGACGCAGGGAUCCCACUUUCCGUUUAAAACUAGAGUAGAAAAUUGGAACGAGAUACAAAACUAUGUAGAAAUUAGCGCAUAUUAUGAUAAACCGAACAUUUAUACGAUAAUCCCCGUGGUAGCAUACCCCGUGUAUGACAUAAUAAAAACGACACCAUUACCUGUCCCUAACCACGCGAAUAUUUUCACAUUCCUAAGAGCUACUCACAACAUAUUAGCAAUAGACAAAGAGAAUCAUAAUUACAUAACGCUAGAGGAACGCGAUUUAAACGACUGUAAACGAAACGGAGCAGAGUACGUAUGUGACCGAAACUGCCCGAUAUAUUUUGUGGGGACCAACGCACCCUGCGAAGUGCAAGUUUAUGUGGGGACGCCGGGAUAUGUAAACGCCUGCGAGAGGCGGCAAAUGGUGUCAGACGUAACCUUGUGGGUAGCGUUGAGCGAACCACAGGCGUGGCUGUUCUCGGCGCCGAGAAAACAAAAGAUAGCGAUCCAAUGUAACGAUCAGGCGGAACAAAAGAUCUGA